UCAACUGCGCGGUCACAUCCCGCCCCGACUUCCCCUCUGCCAGCGGCCUGGUGGUUUGAGAUGAGUAGAAGAUGUCGGUUUCGGGGCUGAAGGCCGAAUUGAAGUUUUUGGAGUCAAUUUUUGACCCAAAUCACGAACGAUUCAGAAUAAUAGACUGGAAACCCGACGAACUCAGUUGCCAAUUCAACGUAACAGGAGAUAAGCUGCUGAUCAUUCACUGCAACAUCACGGAAUCCUAUCCCUCAACACCCCCAAUAUGGUUUGUUGACUCUGAUGAUCCUAGUCUGGCUGAAGUGUUGGAGCGCUUAGAGGAUGUGAGAAAAGGCAGCACAUUGCUGCUCCAGCAGUUGAAGCGCCUCAUUUGUGAUCUCUGUCGGCUUUAUAACCUGCCACAACAUCCAGAUGUAGAAAUGCUCGACCAGCCUCUUCCUGCUGGCCCUAUUACCCAAGAGCGAAAGCAGGGGCCACCAGAUGAGGUGACAUCUGAAGAGGAAGAGGAGGAAGAAAUGGGAGAGCAGGACAUUGACCUGGACCAAGACCUGGACCAUUAUGACAUGAAAGAAGAGGAGCCAGCAGAUGGAAAAAAGUCAGAAGAUGACGGGAUAGAAAAAGAAAAUCUGGCCAUCUUGGAGAAGAUCCGUAAAAACCAGAGACAGGAUCACUUGAAUGGUGCAGUGUCUGGCUCUGUGCAAGCCUCAGACCGCCUAAUGAAGGAACUCAGGGAGAUCUACAGAUCACAGAGUUACAAGACGGGUAUUUAUUCAGUCGAACUAGUCAGUGACAGCCUUUAUGAAUGGCAUGUCAAGUUAAGGACGGUAGACCCAGAUAGUCCAUUACAUAGUGACUUGCAGGUCUUAAAAGAAAAGGAAGGAGUGGACUACAUUCUGCUCAAUUUCUCUUAUAAAGAUAAUUUUCCUUUUGACCCACCUUUUGUACGGGUUGUCUCACCUGUGCUCUCCGGAGGUUAUGUUCUAGGAGGAGGGGCCUUGUGCAUGGAACUUCUCACAAAACAGGGCUGGAGCAGUGCCUAUUCCAUAGAGUCUGUCAUUAUGCAGAUAAAUGCAACUCUGGUUAAAGGAAAAGCCAGAGUGCAGUUUGGAGCCAAUAAGAACCAGUACAAUCUUGCCAGAGCACAACAGUCAUACAAAUCCCUCGUGCAGAUUCAUGAAAAGAAUGGCUGGUACACACCACCUAAAGAGGACGGGUAAGGAGCUACUACCACUAUGCACUGAGAACAUGUCUUUGGGUCAAAGUAUCUUGUUUUCUUUGGAAUAUUUUCCCCCUCUGACUUCACUGGGGAUAUAUCAUCUUUCUCGUGGAAACCAUCUCGCUGGCUCAUCUGACAAGUAUUCCUUUGCCCCGCUCCAGGAAAGACUUUAUUCUGGUAUCACUUAGCUUCUCCCCUCAGUGUUUCAGUGAGGAGGAUGGCGUGAGGGUAUCACUAGUCCUGUUUUCUAAAUAUGCUCAUUUGUCUUUAAAAAAAAUCUUUCACCCUUUAAAUGUGGGGAAAUGCUUUUUCUUUAGCUGCUUUGACAAAGUGGGCUUCACAAGCAGUCAGUUACCCCACUUUAAAUGGGAAUUUUAAAAGAAGGUUGAUGCUGAAGCUCUUCAAGUGGCACCUCACUGCACCUGUUUUUAUUGACCCCAGCUGUUUUUUCCCUUUUUUCUUUUGGAAAUUGACUGGUACAUAACUGCAAAUAUUGUUUUAGAAAUAUUGUUUGGCAAAUGUUUUUAUUAUUUGAGCAUUCUAGACAAUAAAUAAGCCAAUUUUCCUAUUUUGGAAGCUUAUCUUUGAAUUGAGAUGACCUACCACUCUCUAUCUCCCCAUACUUUUUAAAAUGUGUGAAGAAUAUUCAGCCAAGCAAAAUCAAAAUGCUUCAGUGUCAUUCAACUAAGACUUAGGUGUCGUAGGUGAACAAAUUCACCUGUGGUUAACAAGAAAACAGGGCCAAAGGACAUGAAACAUCUCAGAAUCUGCAUAUUGCAUAUCUUGGAAGGACGAGACAUAGAUGUAUUUUCACCAGAAGAAGAUAAGAUCAGCAUUACGGCAUCAUUUUGGAAGUUCUAACAGAUUUGAUGUUGAAGCUAAAGAGCUCUUUUUGCCUUAUUUCUGUUAACACAUCGGCCUGCAUGUGCUCAGUUUGGCUAUUGGGCUUUCUCUUGAUUAUAGCUGUAGAGGUUGAUGGCUAGUUUGAUGCUGAAAAUGAAGACCUGUGUGUGCAAAGUAAACAGCGUGUUGCACAGGAGUCUCAGCCACUGUUAGCGUUGAUGACAGUCAUCUUGCUGGGAUGGCCUUUAUAGAGGGACUAAAUGAAGGCUUUUUUUUGGAUGUGAUUGUUUUUUUUUCCAUCAUUCUGCCCAGUUUUGCAGCAGAUUUGUAUGUCAUAUCUUCCUGACAUACAUUGAUUGUAGUGGUUUGCGCCUGCCCAGUUUAGAUUUGAAACUGCUACCCUGUUAAAUGCAGCUGGAUUCAUUCCCCUCUCAGGGGCUAAACGUUGAUUUGCAGGGCUUCCUUUGCCACAACAAUAUACCACAAAUGUAUUUCCAUGUCGCUCUUGGUGUAAAACAAGAAGGAUCAUUUGUGGUGUAAUGAGAACUGACCUGAAACUCUGUAUGUUUUAACUUUGACCAUGCAAUAUACUGUGGUACAUCUUCAGUACUACUGUUCCCCAUACUACAGGACACACACUGUAUCUAUCUAUCUAUCUUGCAGUUUAUUUAACACUGUCUGCAAAAGUAUGUUUGGCUGGCAACUCAGGUAACAACACUUUGGAGGGGAAUCUUUACAUGUACAUGUUGGGUUUUGGAUUAUUUUCUGGAAUUAAUCAAGUCUCUGCAGCGCUGACGCUUAGGCUUCCUCGCCCACUGAUCUGAAAAUGUAACGAGCUUUACAAUAUUAUGGGCCACAUGUUUCUAUUCAUUCAGGCGAUGCAAGAAGGACAUUUACAGAAAGAUGCUAUUUUAACGGGAUUGCAGUAGCAUGUUGACCACCACAUGUAACAGCUCAUCAAUACCCACUGUAGUAAUUUUUCUUCAUAUUUUUUUUUUUUUUUUUUUCCUCCUCCCAAGAACUGAAGUAGAUUUGAUUUCAGUUUGUGAUCUUUAAAUAUUCCCCAUGAAGAUAUUUGCACACCUGGAGCAUUGUGCCUGGAGAGGUCACUUAUAACAACAAACACAUUCUGAGCUAAGUAUUUUAAAAUCAGAAAAAACGUUUUUCUGUUUUUUUCUGAACACACUGCUCAACAUCCUGUUACAUGUCUGACAGAACUGAGGAGGGAGGAAUUAUCGGGUAUCAUUGUCAAGAAGCGUCCUUGCGUCUGAACAGCCUGUGUUGUCUGGCGGCACAGAAAAGUCAGACCAUAAACUUUGAAGUACAACCCCCCCCCCCCCGAUACGCAGCCUACCUGUGUGAUCGCCUCCCACCAAAAUGCCAAAACUCUGGUGAGAGGGGACAUUAAGAGAUGAUUGAAGUUUGAUGGUCAUGCAGUGGUGAAUAGACUUGCACGCUUCUCUAACUGGACUGUGUGUUGAAAAGAUUCAUUUAUCUCAAUUGUCAAAUCAUUUUCUGGCACCGACGAACAGAUGAUCGAGUCUGGCAGCGUUGGCUCACUUUGGUUCUCUUUUAUUUUGCGUUUUCCAUUUGAAGAAAUUUUGACCAUGUACAGUAAUUUGUAAACUUGCAUCAAGUUUAUGAAUAAAGAAUUUUA